AACAGUCUCUCGGGGGAUAUCACAUUCGACUUCACAUUCCCUUGUGACCCAGCAACCCCUCCUCAGUACAGCUUUGACGCCCCAUUACUGGAGAUGCCUGCUGUACACAACAACAGCAGCCACGGUCACUCCCGUGCCUCGUCCACCGCGUCCACAGCCUACUCUCUGGACUCGUCACCAUCACACUCCAUCGCCACCACCAGCACCAGGAGGACCACCCCCUCCCGGUCGCCUGUGGUCAGGACACAUGGCCCCCUCCUGCUGCCCAAGAUCAGAAGCCAGGACCAGAACAUCGUGCCCAACAUGGUCCCCAUCGCACAGUGCCAGUCGUCGUCCAGGCCCUCUAAGCGCGCCAGGACCUCGCCUGCCCCGUCGUCCAUGAGGAGUGCCACCAGCAGCUACCGCGGCCACUCUCGCAGCAUGACCAACCCGGAGAACAUCUACAACCCCAACCCCGUGCCCGUCGCCUACUCGCCGCCCAUGAGCCAGGAGGGCAGCCCUACCACACUGAUAGGCUCUCCCGUCCUCUUCCCUGCCAACAGCUUUGCCGUCCAGCACCCCUCGGCCCCUGUCGUCGACACCACCCGCUCGCAGCGUGCCUCGUCCUGCAACCUGGACGACGUCACCGUCGAGAAGUUCGGCUUCCCGACCUACCGUCAGAUGCCGUCCUACGUUGUGGGGCCCAACCCUGCUGCUGCCCAGGCUGGAUCCUGCGGUGUCGUGAGACAGGAGUCACCUGCCGCCCCAGCCAUGAUGCGCCGUGACGUCUCGCCUGUGGCCGCUCCGGAGCCAGUCCAGCAGCUUCAGCCCACCGUCAGCAACGCCGCCAGCAACACCACCAUCCUCAACUACCUGACGGCGGCCAACCCUGCGCCCAGCCUGGUCCACACCAUCUCCUUCCCCCUGCGCGAUCCUCACACCAAGCACUUCUGGUGGGAUGUGCGCCAGAUCCGCCCCUGGACCUCGUUCAACACCUCGACGGUGCUCUCUCUGUCCAACGGCGCUGCCGCCUCUCUCCUUACCUGCCCUCUCCCCUCCACCUACCUCCCCUCGCCUGCUGCCCCCACCCAGCGCCACCCAGAGACCGAGUCCGCCCUGGCCGCCAUCUACGCGUCCUGGUACCUGCCCCGCCUGAACGCUGCCCUGGCCCUCUCGUCCAACCGGCCCCUGCAGCUGGCCGUCGCCCCCAGGACUGGCCCCCACGCCACCCGCGACAGCGAGCAGACCAUCGUGGCCACCGUCCCAGGUGAUGCCUCGAGCGCGGCUGCCAUCUUUGGUGGCAAGCCCUCUGCCCGUGUUGUCGGCCUCGUCAAGUCCUUUGACCGCUUCAACACCGGCAUGCGCGUCGAGGGCAACGUCAAGCGCGUCGAGUACCUGCGGGGCCUGGCCCACCUGCACCACGUCAUGCGCGAGCACGGGUGUCGGUAUGGGUUCAUCCUCACCGAGAUCGAGCUCGUUGUCGUGCGCAACGGCCUCGAGGGCACUCCUCACUUCGGCUUCGUCGAGGUCACCAGCUGCCAGCUUGCUGCCACCGGCAAUGCCACCACCGCCGCCGUCUCUGCCGACGGUGAGCUGGACGCCGAGUCCGUCCCCAUGACGGCCUGCCUUGCCCUCUGGGGCCUGUGCAUGCUCGCCUCGGACGAGCCUCUCCCGCAGGGCCACGCUGCCUGGCGCGCCGAGAUUGGUGCGCCUGCUGAGGGCACCCGCAGGAAGGCUCUGCCUCGGGACAGCUGGAUGCCGCAGCCGCAGCUGGCCGAGAAGCGCGAGGCCAAGAGGAGCCGUGGCUGGGUCUGGCCUGAGGACCCUGUCGGUCGCAAGGAGCUUGGGAAGAGGGGUGUUCGGUACGGUGCUUGCUGAGCGGGCUCCCUGUUUCCAAACACUCUGGUCUGCACCUGAGCACAAUGACAUGAAGAUGAUGAAUGGUUAAUGGAAUUUUUUUCUUCUAUUUUUAUUUUAUCGGGAGGAUGAUGAUGGUUUGGGGGGACUUGUACAUGACAACGGGCCAUGGGUUCUGGGAAAGGGUGUUAAAAGGGGUGAAGGUUUUCCAUGAGAUUCUUGUUCAACACUUGUUCAUUUUUCCAUUCUUGAUUGUUUUCUGCUGUGCAGAUGACUUUUCGGGAUGGGGGCAUGAACUACAAAGAUCUCUUCCUUCUUUCCCCUUUUUUCGCCUUCCCCCAGGCCUGGAGGGCAAGACCUGGGGGACUGGUUUCCCUUUCGGUCAUUGAUGAUGAAAAAGACAAAGACAUUCAAGUUUUAACCUUAUUUCAGAUAAUGAGGGAAAGAAGGAAAGGAGGGACAUUUGGGAUAAAAACGGCACACGCCACAACACAACAGACAGGCUCUUGGAUGAGACCUGGUCUUAUGAUAUGAUGCAUGAUAACUUUGAUGGAAUUGGGUUUUAAUGAUAAUUGAAUGUCAUGAGUACCCAUACACAC